AAUGUUUUCAAAAUCUGUGUCAUUAGCAAGUUGACAUGUGAAAAGGUGUGAGGAGUUAAGUAAAGGACAAUACAUCACAGCACAAGAUAUCAUGGAUGAUUCUGAACCAGAUGUUGACGAUGGGAACGAAAAUGAAAUAACAGAUAACAACGAUAUUGACAGCGAUAACCUGGAUGAUGGAACAGUCAUGGAGAAAGCACCAAACGGUGGAAAAGACGCCUGGCUUAUCGUGCUAUCAUGUUUUGGCAUCAAUUUGAUAGUACAAGUAUUUGCAUCAUUAGUUGACAUAGCCUUAAAAGACCCUAGGAUUCCAGAAGCUUUGAAUAUCACCAAGGCUGACGCUGAAAAAACUGGCAAAUAUUUCAACAGCUUGUCAGAUCUCUAUGCACCCUUUGCUGUAUUAGUGAUGAUCAAGUUUGGGUACAAGAUAACUGUAGUAGUUGGAUCUGUGAUUGUUUGUUUCUCGUUUACAAAUAUGUCAAUGUUGGGUGGAGGAAAAGAGAGUGUAGCUUGGUACUGGAAGUUUUGGCUCUGUGGACCAACAGCAUUUGGCAUAAACUUUCUGAAAAUUGGAGCUCUUAUUCCUGUGUUGGAAAAUUUCACUACUAAAAGGAUGAAAGCUCUUGUGUUGUCAAGACUUGGUACUUCUCUAGGAGGACUUGUGACAAUGGGUUUUAUAUUUUUGAAGGACAAAAAUUGGAGAACGUUGUUCAGAAUCAACGCAGGGCUAUGUAUAGUGACAUUGGCAGCGGCUAUAAAGUUGAGAAACAUUGGAAUAAAACGAAAAGAAAUGGAUAGAGAAGAAAAAGAUGACGAGGAAAGCAUAUGCACACGCAUAAAAGGAAUAUUUGAUCCUCCAGUUUUAAAAAAUAGAACUUUUUGGAUUAUAAUGGGGAUUUUCUUCUUUUUUUAA